CGAAUGGAAAAGUGUAGAAAGAAUGUGUAGAUGGUUGCAUUAUUGCCACUUUACAGAGUCUGCACUGGACGAGCUCAUUGAUAAUUUCCCCCUCCAUUGGUAUAUCAUCCUUCGGAAGGGUCCUCUCUUGGAAGAAGGGGAUUGGGUAGGACUGCCUGACUAGGGAAAACAAGUAGGGCAUGUGCACCUGGUAGACCAAACGCAAGUGCUGAUCGAAGGUUUUUAUGUCCAGGAAGAAGGGGAUUGGGUAGGACUGCCUGGCCAUGGAAAACAAAUAGGGCAUGUGCACCUGGUAGACCAAACCCAAGUGCUGAUCGAAGGUUUUUCCGUCCAAGAAAACGGUCGUCUACGAGGGACCCGACAACCUUUCAUUUGGAAGGAGAAAAAGGAAGUCUAUCAUGUCAAAGUGAUUGACGAGGGGAGGGGUUGGAGGGCUUACCGGCCAAUGACCCCGAUUGAAGACCUCCCCUUCGAUCCCAACGAGUGGCGCUGGUUACGGAAAGACCCAACAAACUCGAGAAGAGGGGGAAAGCGAAGACGAUAGCGCUUGCCAAUUUAAAAACUAAGUCGGUAUACCGAAUGCUCAGAUCUAAACACAGGCUCCGAGACGUAGUAGACAGAUGACAUCGUCAUCUCAACGUAGACCGUAGCCUGCUCAAGCCCAUAAGGUGGUUCGGAGAGUGUGGAAAGAGACCGACAAAAAAUUAUGCCCUGCAGUGGCAAAAUGCGUACCGGUGUGCCGACCAACGAUUGGUUGAUAGAGCACACACAUUUGGAGCAGCGGGUCGGACACUGUCGUGGUGCCAUAGAUGCCUCCAGUGCUACCCCGGAAAAAAACGCCCCGAGACGAUAGAGCACAUUUUCCUUCAGUGCCCCAUGGCUGUUUUAUUAUGGAGGUGAUGUCGGGCUCAUUAUGGCCAUGGGACUGGAGGGUCAUACUCCUGGGACAUUACCCCCAGAUUCGAGGAAACACAUUCGAGGAGAACAUGUUUUGCCUGGGUAGACGCACCGCCCUGAGGGUAAUAUGGUGGAGAAGGUGCAUUCUGAAAAUAGAGGGAGCGAGGGUGGAAGAUGGGGAGGUCACGGAGCAACUACGGCUACUUGUACAGUAUGAGAUUACAGCCCUGUGGCGGGCCGCUAAGGAAAAGUUGAACCAAGUACACACCAGGGGCGAUAUCAAUAGAAUCAUCUUUCAGGUCUGCGAGGACUGGUUGGGAGGGAAGAGGGAGGGCUGGGUGGCAAAGGUGAGCUGGGCAGGAGAUGGGCAAGAACAGCAACAGGUCCAGCAACAGGAACACCAACGGGAACAUCAACAGGAGGAGGAGAUGGGACCGCAAGGGGGGCGACGGGCAGAGAUUGAAAGGGAUUACCAGCUGCAUUUUCAUGAGUGGACAAAGGUCGAUCCUAGGGAACCGUUAUGACCAGCCCAGGAAUUCGCUGACCCCUUCCCCCCCCCAUCCGCUGUCCCUGGAGGAAAGUCUGUGGGACGUUACCUAAGUACCCAGCCGCUACCUGGUUCAUCUGGGUCAUCUGGCCCAUUUACCUGAUCUGCUCCAUCUACAGUGAAGCCGAGCAUCUCCCUGGAAUUCUGAAGGAUUUCUCAAAAAGAGAAACGACAAUGAAGCCUCAAAAAGAACGCUGGGCCCAGUUCCCAGCUCAUAUACGAGGAGAGCACAGUGAGAAUUUGGGGCCAGGCGAGGAGAUGGAAGAAGGACCCCAUUGGUGCCCCCCAGUGGCUCCUGCCAACUUCCUGAGCCAGGCCACAUGUCAGGAGAGGUAAUAAAAGUUUAGCCUGGGGCAGGACGCUGGACCUGGUUUCAAGCAAUGUGGUCUUUCUCGGAUUGCGGCAUGACCAUGGUCUUCUCAUUUUUCAUCCAUGUAUUUCCAAGGGACGCUGAGCCUGAUUCUCAUUAAAAAAAGAUGUAUCAAUGGGACGCUGGUCCGCCGCUGGACCCGGUUUCCAGCAGGCGCCGCUCCCCACCAAUAGAUGGAGCAGCCCGGCAGAUAAGCCCUCAAUUC